UCAAGGAGAUGUUCCUUUUCCUUGCUUGCUUGGUUAGGGUUAGUAAGAAUUGAGUUGAUUAUUAGACUGGAGGAAAACGACUGGGUAACGUGCGUACAAUUAAUAAAUAAGCCGCGUCGCCACAGGAAAUGGAGAGUCACAGUUGAAUACAAUUUAUCAGUUUCUUUUAUAUUAAAAGUGAAAAACAAGUCUCUUCUUUUGGUUUGUAAUUUUAACGUAGUUACACUGUAAAUUGUGUUAACUUGUAUGUAGCUUUUAAUUUCCUUUGCACAUCCAAAACAAUCUUAUCAAGAUGAACGACAUGGUGGCCAGUAACAGAAACAUUGGGAUUUGGAUGUCGGAUAAGAAGAGCCAAAAACUCAACUGGAAAGAGUUAAUAAAAACUUGUAACAAUCAUGGAUAUAAUCUUAUAAAGGUGGACAUAGAGAGGCCCCUAGAGGAGCAAGGUGAAUUUGCUGUUUUUCUUCACAAACUGACCGAUGUAAUAGCUGCCGCCGACCAAGGUGACACAAAGGCAGCUGGAAUAAUUAGCAGUGUUGAGCAGUAUUUGUCCAAUCAUCCCAACAUUGUGGUUGUGGACCCUCUUGAUAAUGUGAGGAUACUAUUAAACAGAUACUGCUACUACACAAUAUUACAAGAAGAGCCUUCGUUCAAAAAGCAGGGGAUAUUUACGCCGACGUUCGCGGAAUUCAGCACGAAUAACAUUGAGAGGAACAUAGAGAUUAUGAAGCAGCGAGGAGUGACAUUCCCAGUGAUCUGUAAGCCGACGAUCGCUCACGGUUCAAAGUCGGCGCACGAGAUGGUUGUUAUAUUCAAUGAGAGAGGAUUGAACGUGUGCAAGCCCCCUUGCGUCGUACAGAGCUUCGUAAACCAUAAUGCUGUUCUCCACAAAGUGUUCUUAAUUGGAAAUAGGUAUCACAUUUGCGAACGACCAAGUUUAAAAAACUUCUACGCAUCUGAGGACUCAGAUCCUAUAUUCUACAGCACCGGAGAGGUUUGUAAAGCAGACAGUCAAUCUACUUUAUCAAUCCUCGAUCCAUAUGAUAAGGCUCAUCUGAAACUGACACUUGAUGAGGAGAAAUUAAAGCACAUUAUUCGAGUGCUCAGGAAACGAAUAGGGCUCUUGCUAGCUGGAUUCGAUGUAGUACUAGACAAUGCCACAGGGAACCACGCUGUUAUAGACAUAAACGUUUAUCCAAGUUACGAUAACUUUCCUAAUUUUUUCGAGCAUCUAUUGGAUAACAUUGAUGAAAUGGUCAGCAGAAAAAGUGUUAUUGAAUAUACCAAUGGCGACUGUAUCAGGCCCAGAGAGGAUUUUAUUGAUACUCCUAUGUUAAAUGGUUUUAUAAACGUUGGUAUGGGUCCAAGCUACGGCGUCACUGGAAUGAAUGUUAAUUGAUACAUAUAUAUGCCUACAUCAGCUAUUUACUUAACUCAGAACACUUGACUUUUUAUUGUUGGGGUGAACACGUAUGAGAUACAUUCACAAUACACAAGUAUUUUAUUUUUAUAUACAUUUUACUGGUGUUAUUUUUAAGGAUAUAACUGCAGGAUUUGAGAUCUUGAAUAUGUUUGUGAUAUAUAAUGUAUGUGUCAGUUUGUGCAGUGCACUUUGUAUGAUAGUACCUACGUAUUUGUAUCUAAUCGUUUAUGUUAUUUAGUAUCGUAUUGCAACCAGAUUCGUGUACCAAAUGUAAAAUUCGACAUUUCCUUGCAGUGACAGACAAAAAUCGAGUUAACUUGUCGAGUUGCAACAAGCUGGUGAUCUUUGAGAUUGAAUGAAGGACUUUCCAGGCUACGUUUCUCAAAAAUUUUUCGUCGCAAAAUUCAUGUUUUUUUUAUUAAUUUUUUUAAUUAUUUUCAAUUCUAUACUUUUGCGAAGGAAAAUUCUAUUUGAUAUUAACUCAGAAUAAUCAGCUGAAUCAUCCCCCUCAGUAUUCGUUACGACGUCACUUACACCCCACACAAGUACAUACGGUAGCCAUACAAGUAGGUAUGGGUGUUAGUGACACCGUAACGAAUACUGAGGGGGAUGGUUCAGACCAUGAUUCUGAGUUGAUAUCAAGUGGAAUUUUCAGUCUGAAUAUUCCUGAAAAUUUUUGUGUUUUUUUUUAUUAUUUUCAAUUCCAUACUUUUGCGACGGAAAAUUCCACUUGAUAUCAUCUCAGAAUCAUGGCCCCAAUCACCCCUCAAAGUUUUUGUUACGAUGUCACUAACACCCUGUAUAGAUCUUUUAUCUUUAUUUUUGAGUAUAAAUGAUGACCCUAUUUAUUACACCCAUUAUUAUUCUGAUCAAAAUAAAGAUAAGCAAUAUAGGCAGCAACAUAAUUCAAUACAUAAUGUGAUCCAAAUAUCAAGCAACAAUAAUAUUUAUAUAUGCUUCUGUCAUUAUAGUGUAUUUUUGAAUUAUAAUGUACCCGAGUAAUGAGAAAAUAGGUAAUUAUUUUUGGGGAAAUUCCUGACUACAGGAAGAUCUCUCAUUGCAUUAAAAUACAACCCGUUUCAUGGCAACGCAUUUGUGUAACACUUUUAUUCUGAAUAUAGUGAUUUUUGUGAAAGAAAGAAAGAAACGUUUAUUAUAAAGGCAAAUUACUUCCUUAAACCUUUACAAAAUCUCUAAUAGGUUUACUUGGUCAAUACUAUAAUGAUUAUGAGAAAUAAAUAAAUACCUGAGAGCUUUGAUAUAUAUAUAUAUAUAUAUAUAUAUAUACAUAUAUAUUAUAAUAAAAAAAAUCGCAAAGGAGCAUAGAAAGUUGUAUAUUACACUUUGAAACCAUGUCACAUUAACUUUUUUGAUAAAUUAAACCGUAAGUCUCAUUAUAUGUCAAAUAAGAUAGUGCGGCAGAGUUCUAAAGUGGGUACAUGAUAUAGAUCAUGACUAUACACCCACUCCUUGCCAGCUAUGAGAUUUUUCAGUUAUAUCCUCGUAUAAUAGACAACAGACAACUAAUCUCUGUAAAAAAGUGUCCGCGGCGCUUUUGUCACAAAGACGUGUAACGACACUGAACAACCGAUAUUGCACUUUAUUGAACAGCCAUAGCAUCUUGAGUGAACGAACUAAUACUAUCUACAUAACUUAAUGUAUACGUAUUUACUAACACAUUUGUAUGUAUUAAACGGUUCGGGAGCUUUUUUAGAAAAACUCCUAAGCGAAUGUGAGUCAAUUAGUUUAUAGUAUACCAGUGGUUAUGUCUAUUCUGCUUAUAACAUGUAGGUAUUGUAGGUAUUAUACAGGCCUAUAAUGUGAUUGAUACGGAGCAGGAUCCAGGCAGUUGGAAUGAAGAGAGUGAGUUAAAAAGUAGUAUUUAUGCUUAUAAUACUGAUAGUUCCAUAGGACGUUAUUGUAACAACAACAUAUUUAUUAAUUCCUCUUCUUGACAUAAAGAUAUCCGGCCAAGAAUCAUGUGAAUCUGUUCACGUAUAUAGGGUGUUAGUGACUUCGUAACGAUAACUUUGAGGGAUGAUUCAGACCAUGAUUCUAGGUGAAUAUCAAGUGGUAUUUCCCGUCGCAAAAGUAUGGAACGGAAAACAAAAAAAAAACAAAACAUUUUCAAGAAUUUUGCGACGGAAAAUUCCACUUGAUAUUAACUCAGAAUCAUGAUCUGAAUCAUCCCCGUCAGUAUUCGUUACGGUGUCACUAACACUCUGUAUAGUUAAGGUGCAACACAAAUCUGGUAGUACUUUAUGCUAACUUAGUAUUAAAUGGUAUUAAGUAGCACCUUGAUUCCUCAAUCGUAAAACUAUAUUAUAGUUGUACGUACGUCUAUGCUGUGUUAUACUGUAUUUAUAUCUAUUCUAUUGCUUAAGACUGAAAUGUUAUUAUUAUACGUGUAUGAAUAGCAAUGACAUUGCUAAGUAUGUAAAUAUGGAAAUGAAUUUUUGUUCUCGGACAAAACUAUAACAAUAGGCCCAUAAAAAAUAUAGUAGAUUAUGGUAUUAAAUUAUUGCAUUUAUUGGCAGCGUUAUUUACAAACAUUUUAAUGUCAAUUAUUUUAAAAAUGAUUUACUGUUGUGAUUUUUCCUCGCAAUAGGAUCGAAAACAGCUUUAUGUAAAAUGAAUUAGGUAGGUACCUAACGUACCUAAAGUAUAUCUAAAGCUAAAUCCAAAAUGUAGCUAUGUGUCAAACACGUUCAUAUAAAAAUCAAGAAGUGUCAGUUUUUUUUAAUAUACUGCUUAAAAGCUCCCUUAACAAAUAAUUAAGUAUUCUUUAACUGUACUGUGCUGUUCUGUGUGUGUGUAAUAUGUCGUUUCAAUGCUGCUGGAUUUUUUUUUAUAUUGGCCAAGUAUGUUGGCUCAAUUAAGCCUGAUGGUAAACAUUACCAUUAGGUCAAUAAAAAAAAAUCAAGCAGAAAACUCAGGCUUCUCUAUGUAGGAGAAGCCCUAAUGGAUUUUACUUUUCAGAAUAUUGGAUUACUAAGUUCAAAUAUUUCUGACUACCUUCAUCACAAAUAUGAACAUUAUACUUAUGAAAUUGUUACAAACAGAGAAUAAUAAUAGUGCCUCAGCGAUAUAUGUAUAGUAUGGACGUUGCACAAUGCACAUAUUUAUACGAAAUAUUUUUUCUAACUUAAAAAACAAUGGCCCCGAUUCCUACAUACACCUAAUUUUAUUUUAAGUUAUACUCGUCAUUCUCUUAUCCGCCGUAAAGAAAAGGGACGGAUGAUUGACAACUGUUAAUUUUAAAAUGAAUUAAUAACUCGGGCGAAUAAAAAGGCAUCUCGCUGAUAUGCAGCACGUUUGACGUGUGCUGUCAACUUAAUUCUGUCGGGUUAUAAUUUAAAAUAAAAUUAGAUGUGUGUACUGGAAACAGCACCAGUAUUCAUUUCGCAUUCCAACAGGUAAUAAGUUGUGAACAAAUCCAUAUAUCUACCUAAGUUAUUGAUUUAAAGAUUGAAAUACGAUCAAUAAUGUUCACGCCAACUCGAUCUGUAAUUGCAUUUUAUAGCUGAGACCCGUAUAAUCCUUACUAUUGUGAUGUUCACUUAUUGAUGAUAGUAAAUAGGACAAAUUCGUAAUAACAAUUAUUAUUUUUGUUUAUACCACGAGACUGAUAUACUUCUUGUAUCUAGAACUAGCUUUUAGGUUUCAUUUUCAAUAGAAAUACAGAAAGCUGCACUGAAUAAAUAAGUAUUCAAAAUACAUCCAAAAUAGUUCCUUUGUAACUGAUAAUUUUGGUAAUAUCUAGAUCUUCCAAGGUGUUCUGGUUUUCUAUGUAAUGUUUACAUAUAAGUUGUAUUUCAUACAGAUGUAUUAUCCAUGUAUCACCAAUAUAUCAAUGCCAAACUUGAA